AUGCGUUCUUCAGAGGUUCCAUUUUUAUUCCAAAGAUCUCAUUAUUUUAUAUCACUAAAUGCUUCAAAUAAGUCAUCAUUCAGCGGACCAGGUGCAAAAGUUGCUGAACGAAUAAAACAACAAUUUGGUCUAAACAACGAUUCUGAAGUACGUAAAUUGAGAAAAUCCCUAAAAAAGUAUAGGAUGCAAGAAGAAAGACGUUUAUUAAAAUCUAGAAUAAAUGUACUUAAAUCCGAACAUUGUGUUGUUCAGGGGAAAGGUAAAACUAUCGGAAAAUUAUCUGAAUGUAAAAACAAGAACAAACAGUCGGGAAAACUGCCAAAUCCAUUUAUUCAACCUCUUGUGCAAAAACCAUCUAGUAAGCACACACCAAAUGCUGGACUAGGGAUUCGCUUGGAUAUUGCUUCAGAUGUAUAUUCUGGUGCGUCAAUAUUGAGAGAUGAAGAUCCAUCUAGGAGAAAAAUCGCUACCCUAGAGUUUAUAGGUAGUUACAUGCAUACAGACUCACUACCAUCUUUGCGCCUUCCAGAGAUAUGUUUAGUUGGAAGAAGUAAUGUGGGCAAAUCUACCUUCAUAAAUACUCUUAUGGGUUAUAUAAAAAAUAAGUCUAGAAGAUGUGACAUGGCUUAUGUAUCAAAAACUCCUGGUUAUACGAAAUCUAUAAACAUUUUUAAGGCAACGGAUGCGAAAGGUAUAGGCAUACUGUCACUAGUAGAUCUUCCCGGAUAUGGAUUUGUCAAAAUAAAAGACAAAGAUACUAUAAAGAAUAUGCAAGGUAUACUAAGGGCAUACAUUAAGAGGCGAAAUGAACUUAAGCUGAUACUAUUUCUGGUGGAUGGUAGUAUUGAACCACAAGAUAUGGACUAUGAAAUAUCAGAAGCACUGAAAAGCAUGAAUAGACAACAUUUGCUUAUUUGUACGAAGAUGGAUAAGUUAUCUAUAUCAAAAAUCCCCGGGCAAAUAUUAGCCUUUAAGCAAUUUUUUAACAAUCCCCUACCUAUUCCGUGUUCAAAAUCGAGCGGAGCAAACCUAGGUACUGUGUGGAGACUCAUAUUUGAUGCAUGCAAUGAUAAUUUUGAUCUUUCAAAGCUAGAAAUAACAGAUAAAUUUGGUGAUAUAACUCCGGAUUAUUCAACGUUUGUCAAAGCCCAGAGCACGAUAUCAAUGAAAGAUUUGAAAAAACUGGUUUUAAAGAACUAUGAUGUGCUUCCAGAAAGUGCAAAAACUGUGGACAUAAGUACCCUAGACAGACAAGAACUGCUCGAUCUCCUCAAACUCGCUGUGGAGAGGUCACAUGCUAUACUGAAAAGACCUCCAGACUUGAUUGAGCUAAAAAAGAAACUAACAAAAUAA